UGCCGUUGUAACGGCCGUAGUCGGCAGUUGUCCAGUUGUUAGCGGGCACGCCAGAUGCGCUUCGGAUCAACGGAGUUCGGAUGAGAGCACGGAGCGGCGCAGCGGCGGCGGACUGCGGAGACUGCCAGGGAAGGAGCGGCGAGGAACCAGUAGCAUUGGAGGAUGUACCAGUGGACUUUACAGUGAGACCAUUAUCAAAGACAGUACACAGGGAUGUGAUCUUGGAAAACCAUAGGAGCCUUGUCUCAUUGGAGGAAAGAGUUACUAUUUACAUCAACUCCAAAGCAGAGGAUUUCUGAAAAACAAAUAAUGUCAUGGCAUGAUUUUAGAAAUUUUUUUAAGUGAUGAUUCCUAAUAUUUCAUAUUAGACAAAUUGGAAUUUGAUGACUAGUUUGAGAAACACGAGUAUAGCCAGAUUACAAGGAAAAGCAAUUCAAGAGGAAGAUCAUGAAUAUAACAAUUCAGGGAAAAUAUUUAAUCUGAGCUCAAACCUUUUUGACCAACUGAGAGUUUCUGUAAGAAGAAGUCUUCAUAAUUAUGACAUACAUGGUAGAAACUUACACCAUAAUUCUGCUUCAGUAAAUUUUUUUAAAGGCAACUCAUGAAUGAAAAAUAAUUAAUUAGAUAUAAGAAAGGAUGCAUUUGUUUCUCAAACCUUACUUAUUCUGUAAACAAUUUAAAUGUAAAGCCAUAGUUUAGUUGUGAUGGAACCUGAGAAAAUUUGUAUGAAAGAGAAAUCUUACCAGUGUACCGAAUGUGGGAAAGGCUACACAUGUAUUGCAUCCCUUACCCAGCAUCAGAAAACACAUAUUGGAGAAAAACCUUACAAAUGUAAAAUAUGUGGUAAAUCCUUCAGCCGGAAAACUUAUCUUAUUCAACAUCAAAGAGUACAUACUGGAGAGAAACCUUAUGAAUGUAGUGAAUGUGGUAAAGCUUUUACUCAGAGCGCUAAUCUCAUUCAACAUCAGAGAAUCCAUACUGGUGAGAAACCUUAUAAGUGUAAUGAAUGUGACAAAGCUUUUAGUCAUAGGUCAUCCCUUAGAAAUCAUGAGAGUAUUCAUACUGGAGAAAAACCGUAUCCUUGUAAUGAAUGUGGAAAAGCCUUCAGGCAUAUUUCUGCCCUUGCUCAACAUCAUAGAAUUCAUACCGGAAAGAAACCAUAUGAAUGUAUUGAAUGUGGGAAAACCUUCAGCCGCAGCACACAUCUUAUUGAACAUCAGGGAAUUCAUUCUGGAGAGAAAUCCUACCAGUGUAAAGAAUGUCGGAAAGUUUUUUGCCACAGCACAUCACUAGUCCGGCAUCAGAGAACACAUAGAGGGAAACCUUAUGAAUGUAAUGAAUGUGGGAAAGUCAGCCAUACCCCAGCCUCUAUUCAACAUCAGAAAAUUCAUACUGGAGUGAAACCCUAUGAGUGUAAUGAAUGUGGAAAGGCCUUCAAUCGGAGUGCACACCUUACUGAACACCAGAGAAUUCAUACUGGGGAGAAACCCUAUGUUUGUAAGGAAUGUGGAAAAACCUUCAGCCGAAGUAUACAUCUUACUGAACACUUAAAAAUUCAUAGUGUUGAGAAACCCUAUCGAUGUAAUGAAUAUCAGAAACUAUUUUGUUAUAGAGCAUCACUAAUGUGACACCAGAGGACUCAUACAGGAGAGAUUAUCCAAUGUAAUGAAUGUGGGAAAUCUUUCAGCUUAAGCUCAGCCCUUACUAAACAUAAGCAAACACAUACAGGAAAGAAACCAUAUCAGUGUAAUAAAUGUGGAGAUGUUUUUUGUCAUAGUACAUCUUUAAUUAGACAUCUGAGAACUCAUUUCAGAAAUGAAAUCCUAACAGAGUAAUGAGUGUGGUAAAGCCUGCAGCCAUAGGUUAUCACUUAACCUGAGCACUCACAGUGGCAAGAAACUCUAGAAUUGUUAUGCAAGAAAAAUUUAGGGCUACACUCAUUUACUCAGUAUUACACUGUUUGCACUGAGAUGAAACACUGUUCUCAUAAUUAAUCUGAAAUGUGUGUUAUCAUUGACAGAAAAAGUUAUAGUGAGACUGUUCAUCCAAAGCUGAGGUUUGUUUUUUAAACACAUAUUUAGAAAAUUAUUUUCAGAGAUAAAUUACUACAAAUGUAUACAUUUGCUUGUAAUAAAACCCUUUUUUGUACACAAAAAUUUUAGAGGGAUGAUGAAAAUUUUUUACUAUGUACAUAAUCCCUCAUCUUAGUAAUUCCCAUGUUAUUUUGUGAUGUUUAAAAAAAAAGUUUAUAGAGGGUUUGGAUAACAGAAUUGACAAAUUUGAGUAAUAGUCAUAGACUAUCUCCCACAGAGAUACUGUGCAUUACUUCCUAAUAUUUACGAAAUAUUUUUUAAAUGUGUAUGGCUGCAAAGAAAAUUGCAACAAUCUCUCAGAGGAAAAUAUACUCAGGGCCUCACUGUGGUUUUUUGUUUCUUUUUAGGCCCUUAUAAUCAAAAAGUUCAUUUAAUUCUAUUUUUCCACAUAUUGUUCAAGUACCCUAUGUAUGACUUGUAAAUAUUUUCUUCUAUUCUGUGGGUUAUCUUUUCAAUUGUUGAUGAUGUUCUUUGAAGCACAAUGUUUUUUAUUUUUGUGUAGUCAAGCUUAUCUUUUUUAUUUUCUUUUGUUUGUCUUUUUGGUGUAACCCAAGUUCACAAAGAUUUACUCCUUGUUUUCAUCUAGGAGUUGUAUAGUUUUAGCUUUUACUUUUAGGUUUAUGACCAUUUUGAGUUGAUUAUUUUGUAUAUGGUGUCAGGUGUGGGUCCACCUUCAUUCUUUUGCAUAAGAAUAUCCAGUUGUCCCAACACAUUCUGUUGAAAAUAGUAUUCUUUCCCAUAUUUUUCUUGACACCUUUGUCACUCAAUGGUAUUUUAAAAUGAAAUUUAGCACACUAAAAAUUAGUAUAUAAGAACAACUUUAAAAUUUUUUAAAUUUAGGAAUAACAAAUGGGGUUGCCUUCUAAGUUAUUCAAAUGUUAUUUUGUAGGGAAUAAUUUGCAUAUUGUAGAUGAAACAAUUGGACUUAUGCUACAGGAAAUGAAGAGAAAUGUGUGUAUAUGAGACUUUAUGAUAACAAUAGCAUCUCAACAGUGAAGAAAGAAUGGACUAGUUGAUAAAUGAUAUUGGAAUAAUUGGCUAUUUAUUUGAAAAAGUUACCUAAUAAAAUACACAAAAUUAAAUUCCAGAAGGAAAUCAGUGACUGUCAUUUUGUGGUAGUUUAUCAGGAGACAGGAUCUAGGCACACGAAUUUGAGGUUUUCUUCAGAUCCUUCCACAACUCCUAUUAAGUAAACACAAGUUUAAGAAGGAUUUCAAAAAGGCUUUGUUAUAAUCACUGAUUGAAUUAUAAUUGCAUAGCUCUCCAAAUCAUUGUAAAAAGAAAAAACAAUAUUGCUUUAAGGGAAAAAUAUCAAAAAGAAGUAAACCUACAACAAAGUAAAAAGUAAGAUUAAGUGUAACCAUUAUGACAGUGAAAACCUCCUUUAAAAAGAUACAACCUUUAGAUGAGAUGCAUAGGAAGCAGAAUUAACAUUUAUUUGUUGCUAAAUUAAAUAUUGUAGGAACUUAAAUUGCUAAACUAACUCAUCUAUAGUUACCCAGCUUGUAAAUGGCAUAACCAGGAUUACGAAACAAAAUACUUACAAAGUAAAACUAUGCAAAAAGUUUCAUAGUAAAAAAUAGGCAAAGGUAAAUUUGUAGAGCUCUGAUGACAAAGCUUGUAUGUAUUUGCAGUCAGACCAUACACAAGCCUGGGCAGAAUAUGGCCAUAGAAAGCUGAAGGUAUCUAUGUUCGUUUCCUAGGGCUGCUGUAACAAUACCACAAACAUGGUGGCUUGAACAGAAAUUUAUUGUCUCACAGUUCUAGAGGUCAGAUGUCUGAAAUCAGGGUGUUGGCAUGGCCACACUCUCUUGGUAGGCUUUUGGGGAGAAUCCUUCCUUGCUUCUUCCAACUUCCAGAAGCAGUCAGCUUCCCUUUUGGCUGCAUCACUCCAAUCUCUGGCCUCCACCUUCACAUGACCUCCUCUGUGUCUGCCUUCUCCUGUUACUUAAAAAGACCCUUGUGAUUGGAUUUAGGGCACACUGGGGCAAUCCAGAAUGAUCUCAUCUCAAGACCCUUAACUUAGUGACAUUUGCAAAGACCCUUUUUGCAAAUAAGGUAAUUUUCAGAGAUUCCAGAAGUUUGGACAUGGACCUAUCUUUUGGAGAGUGUCAUUCAACCCACUAUGUUAUAUGAAACUAGAGGGAAGUCUACAUUACAAUUGAGGCAGAAAGCAAACAGGUGAAGCCAUUCUGUGUAUUAGGUAUAAAAAAUGAGGCAAAUCAAAAAUCCUGGAUGAUUGUCUGUAAGUUAGAACAUGGAAUGUAAAGUUAGGCUAGGCCCGUGGUCUUCAAACAGGAAUUUCCGGAGGUACAUGGAAACAAAAGUAGGUAUGAUUUGUAGAUAAUCAAUUUCCAUAUCCUUUUCCUAAAACUUAUUUGUUUGUAAAUGAAUUAGCUUUCACAAUAACUCUUCUCCAGCUUUACAUAAGAAAGCUUUAAACCCAUCAUCCACCCUAAACUACACUUCUGGAUUUCCAAACAAAAGGAAGGCCUCCUUUAGUGAUUAAUGAAGACACACCUUAAAGCCUUAUGGCUUCCCUCUGUGAAGGGUGAAGUAUGGGAUCAGAAAUAGGGUAUUUUGGCCAAUUUUAAGAUGUUUUAAAAUGAAAUUAUGUUAGUUGUGUGAGUAAUUAAAAAUCUUAAGAACCUCGCCUUUUAUUUUUCCAACUAGGGCUAAAGAAUGUAUGUCUCUUGAGGUGGAAUCCCUUGAGAGAAAAUGAACACCAGAAAAUUUGAAUGCUAAAAAAUGGCUUUUGUGUAAUUAAACAUAAGCAAUUAUUUCUCUCAAUGUGUCAUCUUCAGCUGAAAAGAAAAGCAUCUUUGAACAAUAGCAGUAAAUGUCUGUAGCACUACACUUGGUUUUCCACUGUAUGGGAAAGGAGAGAGAGUCUGAGUUAAGGCCUUACAAAAAUUCCUGAGUAGCAGCUGCUAUGGUUUAGAUGUUUUAGUCCCCUCCAAAACUCAUGUUGAAACUUAAUCUCCAAUUCAACAGUGUUAGCAGGUUGGGCCUAAAGUUGGGGGGGGGGGCGGGUGUUUAGGUCAUGAGGACUCUGCCUUCCUGAAGGAUUAAUGCCAGUACGAAAAGGGCUUGCAGGAGUGUGUUCAUUCUCUUCUGCCAUGUGAGGAACAGCAUUUCUCCUCCCUGGAGGGUAGAGCAUUCAAGGCACUAUCUUGGAAGCAAAGACCAAGAUGGUACCAGACACCAAAACCUACCAGCACCUUGAUAGUGGACGUCCCAGCCUCCAGAACUGUGAGAAAUACAUUUCUGGUCCUUAUAAACUACCCAGUCUCAGGUAUUCUCUAUUAUAGCAGCACAAAAUAGACUAAAACAAUGGCAAAUGGCCUAGCUGGUUGGGCAGAGACAUGAAAGGAUUAAGAUUGGGAUAUUGUAGAUAAGGGAGUCUGGGCAAGAGGCAUGUAGAUCUAUGGGAUCGUGCACAGGCUGAAAAUCUUUGUGUUUUAGAAAAAUUCCCUGCAGAAAAGGCACUAAACAACCAGGUGUACAAGAUGACUCACCUAGUGGAUGUCAUCCAGCCUGUCUUUUGCUACCACAGUGCUUGUGCAAUGGGCUCAUGAAUUGAGAAACCAUGACUGCAGGGAUGGAGCUGUUAUAUGACCCAACAGCAAGGCUCGCCAAGGCUGACCUAGCUAAUAUUACUGUUGAAUGCCUGAAGCUUCAGCAGCAGAGACUAACUCUAAGGCUCUACGUGGUAACAUCUUUAAGGAGACCAGCCAGCCACUUUGUGGCAAGUUGAUUACGAUGGACACUUCCAGUCUGGAAGAGGUAGUGAUUUUUCCUUACUGAAAUUGGCAACUACCCUGGAUGUGGGUUUACCUUCACUGUCUGCAGUGACUCUGGCUGCAUCACUAAUUGAGAGCUUACUGAAUGCCUAAUUGAUGGAUGUGGGAACCUGCAAAAAACAUUGACUCAGAACAAUGAACCCAUUUUAUAGUGAAGGAUGUGUGGCAAUGGGUGUAUGAUCAAGAGAUCCACAGGACCUACCAUAUACCUUAUCACCUAGAACUGCCAUUCUAAUACAAUAUUAGAGUGGCCUCUUUAAGACUCAGCUAAAGCAUUAGUUUAGGAAUGACACCCUUCAACGUUAGGGUGCUGUUGUUCAAGUUGUGGUACAAACAUUGAAGCCAUGACUAACAAAUUGUUCUGUAUCUCCAAUAGCUAUUACACACAGACCCAAGAACCAAGGGUUACAGUAGGAUUAAUUUUUCUCACCUUUACUCCAGAGUUCUACUUAUUCUUUUCCCACAAAUUUGGGUUGUGCUAGAUUAAAGGUCUUGUUUCCUGGGACAGGAAUAUGAAGCUAUUGCUACUGUCUGGUCUUUGGGUCCGUCAUGUCAAUAGAUCAACAGGCGAAGAAAAGAAAAUACUGGUGGGUCGAUGCCAUUUAUCAGAUUGAGGAAGUUUCUUCUAUUUCUAGUUUGCUGAGAAUUUUAGUGUUAAAUUUCCUCAACUGCCUUUUCUGCAUUUAUUGAAAUAACCAUAUGGAUUUUCACCUUUAUUGUAUUAAUAUGGUGAAUAACAUUGAUUUUCAAAUGUUAAAACAACCUUGUAUUCCUAGUUUAAGCCCCAUUUGGUCAUAAUGUAUUAUCCUUUAAUAUAUUGAUGGAUUUGACUUGGCCAUUAUGUUAAGACUCUUUGCAUGUAUAUUCAUGAGGCACACAGAGCUGUAAUUUUCUCUUUUUUUGCAACACUAUUGUGGGGUUAAUUAUUAGGGUUAUGCUGGACUCAAAAAAUGAAUUGAAUUGAAAAUUGUUCCUUCCUCCUUUAUUGUCAGAGUUUGUGUAAGAUUGGAGUAAUCUUUCCUUUAAUGUUGAUACAAUCAAUGGCAUUUUUUCUU